GCGGCGGCGGCGGCUGCACCACCUCGUUGCUGCCGGUCGCUGCCCGGGCGCCCCCCGCACCCCGGACUCCGGCUUCGUCACCCGGUCGCGGGGGCUUUCCAUCCGGUCUCGAGAAUCCUCCCCCUGCAACCCAACAACAAAACCCCACGUCUCGCCCAGUCACUGGGGAGGGGGGGGACCAUGUCCCAGCGGGUGAGGCGCAAUGGGUCCCCCACGCCGGUCGGCUCCCUCGGGGGCGGUGCGGUCGCCACGGCCGGGGGAUCCGGGAGCCGCCUGCAGCCCAUGAGGGCGACGGUUCCGUUCCAGCUGAAGCAGCAGCAGCAGCAACAUGGCAGCCCCACGCGGAGCAACGGCGGCGGCGGCGGCAACAACGGCGGCUGCUGUGGUGGCGCCUCAGGCCCCUCGGGCGGCGGCGGCAGCAGUGGGGCCCCGCGCACCGCCUCGCGCAGCACAAGCCCCACGCGGGGCGGCGGGAGUGCGGCCGCGCGCACCAGCCCCACGGUGGCCACGCAGACGGGCGCGUCCUCGACGUCCACGCGAGGCACCAGCCCCACGCGCGGCGCCGCGCCCGGGGCCCGCGGGAGCCCCCCACGGCCGCAGCCCCCGCCGCCGCUGCUGGGCACCGUGUCGUCGCCUUCCUCGUCGCCCACCCACCUGUGGACAGGCGAGGUGAGCGCGGCCCCACCCGCAGCCCGCGUCCGGCACCGGAGGAGGUCCCCGGAGCAGGGCCGAAGCUCCCCGGAGAGGAGGAGCCCGAGCGCCCCUCUUUGCAAAGCAGGUGACAAAGCAAGACCGCCUUCCUCCAGCCCCUCUAGCAUCAUCCGCCGUACCUCUUCCCUGGAUACACUUGCUGCUCCGUACCUUGCAGGGCACUGGCCUCGUGAUGGUCAUGGGCAAGCUGCUCCUUGCAUGAGGGACAAGGCCACACAGACAGAGAGUGCAUGGGCUGAAGAGUACUCUGAAAAGAAGAAAGGGUCUCACAAGCGUUCAGCGUCGUGGGGCAGCACAGAUCAACUUAAGGAGAUUGCAAAAUUACGCCAGCAGUUGCAGAGAAGUAAACACAGCAGUCGGCAUCAUCGAGAUAAAGAAAGACAGUCUCCAUUCCAUGGCAACCAUGCAGCUAUUAACCAGUGUCAGGCUCCUGUUCCAAAGAGUGCACUUAUUCCAGUAAUUCCCAUCACCAAAUCAACAGGCUCCCGGUUCCGGAAUAGUGUGGAAGGAUUGAAUCAGGAGAUUGAAAUAAUAAUUAAAGAGACUGGGGAAAAAGAAGAACAACUUAUACCACAAGAUAUUCCAGACGGCCAUCGUGCACCUCCGCCCCUUGUGCAGAGAAGCAGCAGCACGCGCAGCAUCGACACGCAGACCCCCGGCGGGGCAGAGCGGGGGAGCAACAGCAGCAGCCGCUCCCAGUCUGUGUCCCCCACGUCCUUCCUCACUAUCUCCAACGAGGGGAGCGAGGAGAGCCCGUGUUCGGCUGAUGACCUGCUUGUUGAUCCCAGGGAUAAAGAUAAUGGGAACAACUCUCCUUUGCCCAAAUACGCAACCUCACCAAAACCUAACAACAGUUACAUGUUCAAAAGGGAACCUCCUGAGGGCUGUGAGAGGGUCAAAGUCUUUGAGGAAUGCUCGCCGAAACAACUUCACGAAAUCCCGGCCUUUUACUGCCCUGACAAAAACAAGGUGAAUUUCAUUCCUAAAAGCGGCUCUGCUUUCUGCCUCGUCAGCAUCCUUAAGCCACUCCUCCCCACACCAGAUCUUACCCUCAAGGGCUCUGGCCACAGUCUGACAGUCACCACUGGCAUGACAACCACUCUUCUGCAGCCUAUCGCUGUGGCCUCCCUGUCUACAAACACAGAGCAAGACCGAGUCUCUCGAGGAACGAGUACAGUCCCGCCACCAGCCUCUCUCCUCCCACCACCAGAACCCAUUGAGGAAGCUGAAGGAUAGGCCCCAGUGCUGUGAGGCCACUGUUCUGGUCAACUGAGAAUCUCCUCGAUCCCUUGGCAGCGAUGGCAUCGUGCGCUCCCAGUUGGCUGUGUCGUGCUCCAGCGUUUCCACGCUGACGUGUCGCAGUGCGGCUUCUGGAAGAAAGCAGCCCCUCUGAUGGCUGUGCUCACUCCUGAAGGCCAGCCCUCAGUGCUUAGCCUCCUUUUUCUUAAAGCACCGGUUGAAAGAAGAAGGUCUCAUUCUUUCCUUUUGGAGGGCUGAUAUCACAUUGUUUUUUGCUUUCAAAUUAGACUUCUUUGAAAAAACAAAUAAAAAACUGAUCCCUGCAAACAUGAUUCUUGAAGGGAGACGUGAAUGAUGCUGCAAGAACCAUCUUUUAUAUGAAAAUGACUAUUUUAUAAUACCAAUGUUACGUUUUCUGAAAACAUAGCAAACAGGAUGUUCAGACGAUUCUUUGGCCUCUGUUUCUUGUUUCCCUUUCUAGAUGUGUGCUUUUCUCAGCUGUUUUCAGCUUUGGGACCAAAGGGAUUGUUGACAUUUUCCUAGCAAUCUUAAUCUCAUGAUUGUGUUCUUCUCCCAAACAAGAAUUGGUAGGUAAAUGCAUUGAACAAGUAUAUAUAAAAGAGAUAAAAAAGCAAUAUUAGUACAUUAUGUGAUUUAUGUUUUUUGAUGUCAGAAGUUUGUGCUUUGGGUGAAAUACUUGUAAAACUGCUCUUUUCCUCACUACUCCUGUACACAUUUCACCAUGUGGUCAUAAAAAUUAUAAUCUGGAGACAAGUGCUUUAAUAUGUUCUCACCCAUCAUUGGAACUUGGUUUAAAAGUCAGUGAGCCAAAAGGAAACUAACUACCCAGUGUCGACUGCUAGCCUAGGAGUAAGGAGCCCCUUGGGUUUUCUGCUCAAUAUUUAUCACACGGUCUUUCUUUCCCACAGGUGUCGUUCUACCUUUAACCGUCACUGUAUCAUAGCCCCACGAGAUCCUAAAAUGGCUGUGCAUGGAUUUCCUCCUCUGCUUUUGUGAUGUUGUUGUCUUGUGGAUUUGGUCAGGGUUAGUAGUUUGCCAGGAGUGUAAUCCGUUGAAUAGCAAUCCUUAGUCACAGAAUCUUGCGACUGACGUUUCCUUUCUGGUGGUUGGCACUGAGAUAUGUUGCCUGUAGGUUUUGCUGGUUUUCCCUCCAGCAUUCCACAUGGUGGGAAAAACAGGCAAGGAGAGCUUCGGAGCAUAAAGAACAGGAACCUUUGAAGAAUCCACAUGGUUUUGGAUUUAGGCUCAUCCUAAUACAAUCACUGCCAGUAUCACAUGACAGCAGUAUUUUGUGUCUGGGUAUGUGGUAGUGAAACUGAGGAGCAGCUCUUUUUAAAAAGUUAUAGCAAACAGUGUUGAUAGCAAGCAUCCUUCUAAGAUCUUCAUAAACUACCUUAUGAUGCAAUAAUUUAAUGUUCCUAUACAUAUUAUAGGGAGAAAACAAAUACUUGUAAAAGGGAUAUAGUUUAGAAGGUUAAUAUGUCAGUAAGUCCAGAUAUAUCCCAUCAAAGAAAAGCUAGUGGUAGCAAUAAAUCUUCUGAAAGGACUUCUUAUACUCAUGUACCUUUAAAACAUCUAUGUAAUUAAAAAUUUUGCCCUGUUAAGUUGAAAACAGAUGUAUUUAGGCAAAUUAGAUAAACUCAAACAUUUGACUAAGUCUGUCAGGUGUCAGUUGGUGGCAUCGAUGAAUUUUGGUACCCCUUCUGUCCAAAACUAAUUUUCCUGAAAUUAGUACAUUGUGACUUCUAAAUCGGGAAAAGCUAAGUUGUUCAAAGUCUAAAUGUUCUGGUCAAUAGGUUCUUUGAGAACCUUGAUUCUUUGCCUGUAACUUUAUUUACCAUUUCACCACUGAGAACUGCUCUGUCAGAAGUACAAAAGAAAGGUAAAGCUGAAAUCGGGUGAGUUGGUAUCAAUGGUAGGAAGUUAAAAAAUAAGGUUUCAAAAAAAUCCAAAAUCAGUUUUUGGAUUACCUGAAUUCUGUUAAAUCUAUGUUCUUUUCCUUGCCUUACACUUACUUCCCUCUCCAUCUGUACAUGUCACAAGGGUGUUUCACAACUAGAAUGCCACUUUGU